CAGGACGUGUGUCCUCAUAUUUUGCUGAAAGGACCAACUGGUUCAGGAAAAAGAUCGCUAGCAAUGGCUUUUCUGCGAGAAAUAUUCAGUGAUGCGACGUCGAAUCUGUCUCAUGAUUUGAGAAAUUUCUCCAUCCAGGAAAGGAGGCCAGUGAAAAUCACUGUUCCAAUAACGUCCAGUUCUCAUCACAUGGAGCUCAAUGUAAAUUUGGAACCUAAUGCUAAAUAUGCUUUAAUGGGAUUAGUUAAGGAAAUAAGCACUGAAUAUGCGAUUACCCCUGAAGUCAGUAAUAUCAAUUUCAAGUCAGAUUACAAAGUUCUAGUCCUUUACGAGGUUGACAAAGCAGCUGACAACAUCCAACACAUGAUCAAAUGGAUUAUAGAUCGUUAUUCUGAUAUAUGCAAACUCAUAGUUUGCUGUGAAGAUGAUGCAGACAUUCUUGAGCCCGUGAAAAACCGGUUCAAAGUGAUUAAUAUUGAUGCUCCACCAACUCACGAAAUUAUGGAUGUUCUUAUUCAGAUAGCAAAACAAGAAGAAAUUGAUCUAUCUAUGAACUUUGCGGCUAAGAUUGCCACCAAGUCGAAGCAGAAUCUCAGGAAAGCAAUCAUGGCUCUUGAAGCAUGCAGAGCUCACAACUAUCCAUUUUCAGAAGAACAACCAAUACCGCUUGGAUGGGAGGAGAUUAUAAUAGAAGUUUCUGCAGAGAUCCUAGCUGAUCCUUCAUAUUCACGCCUAUUCUCAAUAAGAGGGAAAUUACAGAAGCUUCUGGUGGAUUUCGUCCACCCCAAACUUAUUCUCCGGAAACUCGUGGAACAGCUCCUAAAAGGAAUUGAGAGCAGCUUAAAGAGGGAGCUUUUCUACUGGCAUGCGUAUUAUGACAAGAGACUCCCGCCAGGAACUACUGCUUUGCUGAAAUUAGAAGAAUUUGUGGCCAAGUUUAUGAGCAUAUACAGAAAAAGCUCUAGCGGUCGACAGAUUGUGUAGAUUGAGAAUCUGAAAUCCAAUGGCACCAAAGCAAGGGAAAGAUGGAAAAGGUCAAUGCGAGAGAGAGAGAGAGAGAGAGAGAGAGAGACAUGCGAUGCCCCCCAGAUUCUGAGGUUUUGGCAGUUCUGGUUAAUGUUCUUGGUCUGAAAUUAUCAGUUCAUGCAAGGACACGAUUGCAUGCAAGGAA